GCCGGGGCCGGGCGGGAUCCGCCGGGAUCCCCCGGGGCCAGCGAGGCGGCCAUGCCGAGCAAGAAGAAGAAAUACAACGCGCGCUUCCCGCCGGCGCGGAUAAAGAAGAUCAUGCAGACGGACGAAGAGAUCGGGAAGGUGGCAGCUGCCGUGCCCGUCAUCAUCUCGCGGGCGCUGGAGCUGUUCCUGGAGUCGCUGCUGCGCAAGGCCUGUCACGUGACCCAGUCCCGCAACGCCAAAACCAUGACGACGUCACACCUGAAGCAGUGCAUCGAGCUGGAGCAGCAGUUCGACUUCCUCAAGGACCUGGUGGCCGCCGUGCCCGACAUGCAGGGGGACGGUGACGACCCCCACGGCGACGGCGAGAGGGGACCCCGCAGGGGGCGCCGCCCGGGCAGUGGCCGCAAGAACGGGGGUCCCGGAGCCAAGGGGACCCCGAAACAGUCGGGGACAGACUCGGAGCAGGAGGAGGACUCUGAGGACAGCGACAGCGACGGGGACGAGGAGACGCCGCAGCCCCCCCCGGCCCCGCCCCCCCUCACCUUCGCCAGCCCUGGGGUUCCCUUCGCCCCCCUGGGCCCCCCCAGCCUCCCGGGGGGGCUCCCGGGGGGGCUUCCCCCAGCCCCCGGCCCCCCCCGCGCCCGGGAGGAAGAGGAGGAGGACGAAGAUUACGAUUCCUAG